GGUUUCUGUAGUUCCUUUUAGAGAAUAGUAUUUUUGAACCAUUUACUAAUUCAUUGAAAUUCUCUUGUUUUGUGUCCAGAAAGAAAUAACCACCAAAUAAAUAAAAUGGAUUCUAGUUCCUCUGAAUUUGACAAAAAAUAUAAUAUUGUGGAUGCAGUUACGCCGAAACAUAUUCCGCUAUCAGGACGCUAUAAAAAGAGCUUUGCCUAUCACACGCUGAAAGAACGUCUGCCGGUUAUAUUAACCCAAAUAAUAGAUAGUUUAACAAAAGAAAAAGACGAAAUUUCAGAAAAGUAUCAAGGAGAGGAAACGCGUGAGGAGAUCAAGAACAUUGUGGGCCAAAUUUCCAAAUUGAAAUAUCAACUCCAAACCGAUAAACCGUUUGAACAUUUUCAAGGCAUCGAACCGGACCAAGAACUGUGGAACAGUUUCAUAGAUGCUUUGCCAGAAAAUGGCCGCUCCUUUUACCAAACGGCAUGGCUUUAUGGCGAGUGUUAUAUGUAUAGGAAGGUGUUUUCGUUUUUUGAAAACUCCCAGACUUUGAAGACUUAUGACUACUUUUUCAAGCAAAAAGCCAAGGCACUGGCCAUGGAUGAGGUUGCGGCCAUAGCCAAGCGUUUACGAAGUACAGACAAGAGCUAUGAAACGUUUUCUCGAUUGUUGAAGUUAAAUUUAUGGGGCAACAAAUGUGAUCUUUCAAUAAUAAUACCCACAAAUUUCGAUCCCAAUCAAAAUGUUUACGACAACUGCACAAAAUUCGAUGACCACAUAUUGGUGGAUAACAGCAAAAGCAUAUGGGAGUGUCUGGUUUCUGCGGACCAAACGAAACCUGUUAUAGUAGACUUUGUUUUAGAUAAUGCUGGAUUUGAGUUCUAUACCGAUUUAAUACUGGCCGAAUUCUUGCUGGAAAAGAAUUUGGCCACAAAGGUGCGUUUUCAUGUGAAACCAAUGCCUUGGUUUGUUUCAGAUGUUACCCCAGCCGACUUUCAAUACACAUUUGAGUAUCUAAGCAAUCAUGAUUUGAGUUAUUUGAAGGAACAAGGGCAACGUUGGAAGCAAUAUGUGACGGAAGGCAAAUUUCAAUUGGCCAAUUUGAGUUAUUUCUGGUGCAGUCCAAUCGAAUAUUAUAAGAUGCGUGAAGUGGACUUGCAGUUGUUCCAAUAUUUAAGUGAGGCCCAUUUAAUUAUUUUCAAGGGCGAUUUAAAUUAUCGUAAACUCGUGGGCGAUAUGAACUGGGAUCCCACAGAUGAUUUUCUAACAUGUCUAAGAGGAUUCCAACCCACAAAUUUGUGUACCCUGCGCACAGUAAAGGCCGAUGUGAUAUGUGGACUUAAACAAGGCAAAGCCGAAGAAUUGUCCCGUUUGAAUCCCAAGUGGAUGGAGACUGGUGAAUAUGGACUUAUCAAAUACAUGGAAACAUCUCAGUGUAGCUGUAGUCAUGAUGGCAAAUAAUUCUUGUUUUGCUGAAAAUUGUAAAAACUUUUGAAAAUUACUCUAAUCAAUUUGCUUUUGGUUUGAAAAUAAAGACAUCUUGGAGAAAUUAGAAA